CACCACGUCGUCAGCACCACAGUCAACUAAAAAUGGAUUUGGGUGGAAGGACACGAAACGGGCGAGGCGGGGCCUCAGGAACAGAGGAUAUGUUAGAAGCAGAAAACAACCGACUCCAAGAUGGACUCUCUUCAAAAGUCUCAACUCUGAAAUCGCUAGCGUUAGACAUAGAGGGAGAAACGAGGGACCAGAACAGAUACCUAGAGGGAAUGGAUGGAGAUUUUGACAGCUCGGCUGGUCUUCUCGGAGGGACAAUCAAACGCUUCGAUGGAAUGCUCUCCUCUGGUCGUCAUAAUCGUCGGCUUAUGUGUUACCUGAUCGCAAUCAUCGUCGCAAUAUUCAUCCUUGCCUAUUUCCUAAUGACGAGAGUCACUAGAUAAUGAAUAAUUCUUGAUGACUGUUUACAUGAAUAAUUCAUAAUGACUUGUACAUGUAGGACUUGAACAGGAGUCACUAGAUCAUGAAUAAUACAUGAUGAAUAAUGAAUAAUUCAUUAUGACUUGUAGGCCUUGAACUUCGCUCUGGGAGGGGCACAGCAAUUGAUACGGGGCACUUUUAUGAGGAAAAUGUAAAGGGCACCUCAGCAAAAGUAUAGGGCACCACGGCCAAUGCUGUGGGUGCCCUGGGUGAUUUCGAGGCCUGGACUUAACUUCGCUCUUUUAAGGGGCAAGGACAACCUUUGCAGCAGGCACCACUUUGGGUGCUGCACAGCAUAUUCUGUCUGUUAAA